AUGUCCGAGUCAAAGAAGAUUCCCAUCGGUGAUGAGUUUUUAACGGGAGUUGUUGAGGGUUCGGUUUUAUGGACGCCCAUGGACUUAUCCUCAACAAUGAAUCAAAUGGGCAUGAAUGCCUACCUGUAUGCUCCAAAGGAUGAUAUUAAACACAGACAGUCAUGGCGAGAUCUUUACACUCCAGAAGAAGAGCAGCAACUGCAAAGCCUCAUCACGGAAUCCACAGAUGCGGGUGUGCUCUUCAUUUUCGCGUUGUCUCCUGGUUUGGACGUAACCUUCUCCAGCGCAAAAGAAGUUGAAAUCCUCAAAAAGAAGGUAGACCAAGUUUCAAAACUGGGAUGUCACGCGUUUGCUCUUCUUUUUGAUGACAUUGAGCCCAGACUCUGUCCCGCGGAUCGCGAAGUAUUCAGCUCCUCCGCGCGCGCUCAAGUCGUGUUUGCAAAUGACCUCUACAAUUAUCUGGGCUGUCCCAACGUCUUCCUCUUCUGCCCAACCGAGUAUAGCGCGAGUUUGGCUGUGCCCAACUUGACAAAAUCCGAGUACCUUUCAACAGUCGCUUCUUGUUUGGCUCCGGGAAUUGCUGUUAUUUGGACGGGGUCACUAGUGGUGUCAAAGAAGAUCUUGGCGGAUGAAGUACAGGAACUGUCCAAACUUCUUCAGCAUCCAAUUGUCCUAUGGGACAACUUGCACGCUAAUGAUUAUGAUCAACGCCGUGUGUUUAUAGGUCCAUACUCCGGUCGUUCGUUGGCAUUGCGCCGUAAAGGUCUUAUCCGCGGUGUUUUAACCAAUCCAAAUUGUGAAUUCGAAGCCAACUAUGUGGCUUUACACACACUUGCACAAUGGUCAAGGUAUGUCAAUUUACCAGAAUUUCGACUUGUCAUUUAUGCUUGCUAUCUUUCACAUCAGUCUAACUUCACGUUAUGUGCCAAACCAAUCAUAGUAGAAGAAAUGUUAUCGAAUGAGAAUCGGUCUAUGAUUUGCUUAUUUGCCCCAUGUUUUCAGGUGGCUCGGGCAGGUAGUUCUCCUAAGCAUUCACAACUGGAGCAUAGGUUUUCAAAGCAUCACACGGUGUUUGAAAAGCACAAUCCAUUGGGAGCUGNUGGUAUACCAUCAGAUAAAUCUUGUUAUUGGGUUGUUUACUCCUCCAUGGCGUUCUGCAUGUAUUGUCUCCCAUUCCACCCGAUGACCCUCAAAACGAGGAUAAUCUCAUGA